AUGGAACCUCAAUCUCACGGCAGCCUUCUGAAGGAGCCGGCGCCGGCGCCGGGAGGUAAUUUCCAACGGUCUCCAGUCUACACUUACCUCCUUCGAGCUGGGCCGCGACUGAAACCUCUCCAGCAGGCUCACGCCCACAUAAUCACAUUAGGAUGUGGCAGUAGUCGCUCCCUCCUCACAAAGCUCCUGACUCUGGCUUGCAAUGCCGGCUGCUCCAUUGCCUAUACGCACAAGAUAUUCCUCUCCGUCCCAAAUCCGGACGCUUUCCUCUUCAACACUCUCAUCAGAUCAACCUCCAGGUUCCAGCAUUUAUCUGCAAAUGCCCUGUAUUACUAUUCGUGCAUGAUCAUGUGCAAAGUUGAGCCCUCGAAUUAUACCUUCACUUCUGUUAUCAAAUCCUGCACGAGUUUGUUGAGUUGGAAGCACGGCAGGAUCGUUCAUGGACAUGUUUUGGUUAAUGGGUACGGAGUGGAUGUGUAUGUCCAAUCUGCACUGGUGGCUUUCUACUCGAAGGUCGGACAGUUGAGUGAUGCGGGCAAGGUGUUUGAGAAAAUGCCAGAGAGAAGUGCUGUGGCUUGGAACUCUUUGAUUUCCGGGUAUGAGCAACAUGGGCUUGCAAAAGAGGCGAUUGAGUUGUUUGAUAGAAUGAGGGAAACGGGUUCUGUUGCGCCGGAUACUACUACAUUUGUGGUUGUGUUGGCAGCUUGUGCGCAGUUAGGGGAACUAGGGCUGGGUCGUUGGGUGCACGACUGUGUGGUCGAAAAUGGGUUGGUUAUGACUGUGGUGCUUGGGACUGCUUUGAUCAAUAUGUAUGUAAGGUGUGGAGAUGUGAAGAAAGGAAGAGAAGUUUUUGAUUCGAUGAGGGAGAGGAAUGUAGUUGCUUGGACAGCUAUGAUUUCCGGUUAUGGAGCCAAUGGUUAUGGCCCGGAAGCACUGAGGUUGUUUGAUGAAAUGAAGAUGAGCGGGGUUUCUCCUAAUAGUGUUACCUUUGUUGCUGUUUUAUCCGGUUGCGCUCAUGCAGGGUUAGUGGAUGAAGGACGUCGGUUAUUUGCCAGCAUGAAGGAAGAGCAUUCCUUAAUUCCAGGUGUGGAACAUCAUGUUUGCAUGGUUGAUCUUCUGGGGCGUGCUGGACUUCUUAGUGAAGCAUAUAAGUUCAUUCAGGAAUCAGUUCCACCACACCCUGCUCCUGCAAUUUGGACUGCAAUGCUUGGGGCUUGCAAGAUGCAUAAGGAUUUCGAUCUCGGAGCAGAAGUCGCGGAGCAUCUGUUAGCCGUUGAACCUGAAAACCAUGGCCACUAUGUCCUGCUUUCAAAUAUAUAUGCUUCAGCGGGAAGAAUGGACCGGGUGGAAAUGAUCAGAGAUAAAAUGAUCCACAAAUCGUUACGAAAGCAAGUCGGGUAUAGUAUCAUAGAGAUUGAUGGCAGGUCAUACUUGUUCAGCAUGGGGGACAAGUCUCAUCCCGAGUCGAAUGCCAUUUUCAAUUAUUUAGAUGAACUGAUGUCGAAAUGUGCAGAAGUGGGCUACGUAUCAGUACUGGAGUUGGCGAUGCAUGAAGUAGAAGAGGAAGAGAGGGAAUAUGCUCUUAGGUACCACAGCGAGAAACUUGCAAUUGCUUUCGGUUUGCUGAAAACUGCCCCUGGAUCCACCAUCAGGGUAGUCAAGAACAUCAGAAUGUGUGAAGACUGCCAUUCCGCAAUCAAAUACAUCUCCUUUGUUACUGGAAGGGAAAUAGUUAUUCGUGAUAAGCUCCGCUUCCACCAUUUCAAAGAUGGCUCGUGCUCUUGUUUGGACUACUGGUGA